AUGGCGCUGAAGCCGGCCCGCAGCAGACGCCGUAAUUGGUGCAGUGACUUUGUUGAGAACAUUAGAAGCGGCUCCGAGGCUCGUCUGACGGCUGUCACGUCUCAAUUUGCUCAGAACUCUCUGCCUCCCUGGCUCUCCGUCGCCCCCCGAUGCAUGACCCCGUCCCGAGCUUGGCGUGCGUACCUCCCGUUGGCCUGCGCCGCCUUCAGAAAGAUGCCUCUCCUCUUCCGCCUGUUAAUUGCCUUCGUUGACACUUCAGCGCGGCCGUGCUAA